AUGUCCGAGCCGCCCCCGCGGGGCGCCGAGCGCGACCUGUACCGGGACACGUGGGUGCGUUACCUGGGCUACGCCAAUGAGGUGGGGGAGGCCUUCCGCUCCAUGGUGCCCGCGGCCGUGGUGUGGCUGAGCUAUGGGGUGUCCAGCUCCUAUGUGCUGGCUGACGCCAUCGACAAGGGCAAGAAGGCAGGAGAGGCGCCAAGCCCCGAAGCCGGCCGCAGCACCCGGGUGACGGUGGCCGUGGUGGACACCUUCGUGUGGCAGGCCCUGGCCUCCGUGGCCAUCCCCGGCUUCACCAUCAACCGCGUGUGCGCGGCCUCUCUCUACGUCCUGGGCGCCGCCACCCGCUGGCCCCUGGCCGCCCGCAAGUGGACCACCACCGCCCUGGGGCUGCUGGUCAUCCCCGUCAUCAUCCACCCCAUCGACAGGUCAGUGGACUUCCUCCUGGACUCCAGCCUGCGCAAGCUGUACCCCUCCGCCGAGAAGCCCAGCUCCUCCUGA